CCGCAGCCUGCUUAGCUGUGUGCUCCUUUUGUGUUUUUCCGAGCCCAGCCAGCCAACCGGAAGUGGCAAGUGUGCAGCACAAAAUGGUUCCGGAAAAAUAGUGGCCAUCAGCGGCAGCGGCCUCGGAGCGUGCACAUACACACGCACACGGACACAGGUCGUCCCCCACAGGACUUUCCGAUGGUGCCACCGGCCGCCGACGGGCGGUGGCCUAUACGCGCGGGUGGGAUGGAGCGACGCUUCCAGUAGGAUAUUGCCGGAUUGAUCGCAAAGUUAGCGAGAAACGAGGAGAACAAGGGCACCAAAACCGCUCGAAAGUCGAAAGCACAAAAAAGGAACGGAACGGAACAGCACAGAAACUAGCGGAAAAGGACGAAAAGGAGCAAGAGAACGAAGCACAAAAAAGCGCACACAGACACCGACGACGACACGGGAAACAUGGGUUGUGAAUUAACGAAGCUGGCGAGCGGGAGCAAUGGGGGCAACUCGAAGAGCAACAACGUGCCGAGCCUGGACGCGUGCGGGCCGCCGCCGGUCGACAGCCGGUUGCCCCUCACGGCCAAACAGAAGUACACGAUGGUCGCGUCCUGGAAGGGCAUCAGCCGGGCGAUGGAGACGACCGGCAUCACCAUGUUUAUCAAACUGUUCGAGGAGCACGCGGACCUGUUGAACAUGUUCGCCAAGUUCAAGGAGCUCAAGACCAAGGAGGAACAGGCCACCUCGGAGGAGCUGCAGGAGCACGCCAACAAGGUGAUGAACACGCUGGACGAGGGCAUCCGCGGGCUGGACGAUCUGGACACGUUCUUCGAGUUCAUCCACCAGGUCGGGGCCUCGCACCGGCGCAUACCCGGCUUCAAGCAGGAGUACUUUUGGCGCAUCGAGGAACCGUUCCUGACGGCCGUCUCGACCACGCUCGGUGAUCGGUACACGCAGAACGUGGAAGGAAUUUACAAGCUCACCAUCAAGUUCAUCAUCGAGACGCUGGUGGCGGGCUACGAAGCAAGUGCCAACAAUAACGUCGACGGGGCGACGGGAGCGGUGGCGGCCGGAGGCAGCACGGCGAAGGACGGUGCACCCAGCCGGGCAUCCUGA